ACUAGGGGGAAGUCAAGUGCCUGGUCAGGCAGGGAGGAGAAGGUCGCUAUCGACAUAUUGAGUGGCUAGAGUAGCAGGAGAAGGACGAAGGGGGAGGGGGAGGGGGAGGAUGCGGGGUAGGGAGGAUGAGAGGGCCGGAACAGGGUGCAGCAUGCAAGGUGACAGAGUUUUGUUCAUCUUGUUCUGGUACUGCUGUUGGAGGUGUUGCUGUGAGAGAAACCCCUCUCGAACCCAUUGGCUUGCAAUGGUUUCUUGGAAAGCGGUUGUACUCUGUCUCUGCAGGUCCAGCAGCACUACAAUAUUCAGCUGACAGUAUUGUUGAAGCGGUAGCGGCAGUGCGACCACUUGAUGUUGACGCUCACUUGAUUGCCAGAACACAGGGAAUUCUUCAGGAUCAAUUGGUAAAUGUGAUUGAUUUUCUGCAACAGGACAAGGGGACGGCGCUUCUGCGAGGAGAUGUCUUUGAUCAACCAAUUCGAACUGACAUUGUGCACAGGGUUGUACGAUGGCAACUCGCCAGAAGACAACAGGGAACUCACUCAACCAAAGGCAUCAGUGAAGUAAGUGGUACUGGGAAAAAGCCGUAUGCUCAGAAGGGCUCAGGGCGAGCACGUCAUGGAACGCUCAGGGGUCCACAGUUUCGUGGCGGUGCCGUGGCUCAUGGACCCAAGCCAAGAAGCCAUGAAAUCAGUCUGCAAAAAAAAGUGCGCAGACUAGGUCUCAAGGUAGCUCUGUCGGCGCGGUUGGCAGAAGGAAAGCUCUUGGUACUUGACAGCGUGGAACCUCCUUCAACGAAGACGGCUGAGCUGGAACGAUUGAUUGCGGAUAUGGGUGAUAUCCGGAAAGUUCUCUUUGUCGAUGGUACAGAUCAAGUUAAUGAAACUUUACAACGAGCUUCUAGCAAUUUACAUUACGUCAACGUGCUUCCACAUCAGGGUUUAAAUGUUUAUAGCAUCCUCCAGCACGACACAUUGGUUUUGUCCCUUGCAGCUGUCCGGCAAAUUGAAGAGCGGCUAACUCGACCAAUUUCACGAUAAUGAGACGUUGUGUCACUACUUCAGAUUUUUCCGGCACAUGAAGCUUCUUGCUUGUCUUGAAACUGCUGCCAUAUCUGGCGCUUUUUUCCGUAUUUCAGUUUUGCAUGCGAUAAGGAAUCUGUGUUGAAAAAAUGGGUCAUCAUGAGAAAAGGGUGUUUUUGAUAUCUACAGAGAUGUCGAGGCAAAUGGAACACAACGGACGUUAUGUCGGUGUCCCCCUUGAACGAGUCAUACUCACAAUUGUGAAUGAGCUUGUUCAGAGUGAAGCGAUAGGUCAAAUCAUCCAACCAAAGCACUUGCUCAAGUAGUCCAAGCAAAGC